CUGCCCCAAAGGAGAGACAUUAAAGUUCAUUGCGUAGAACGGAAGUGUGCUCAUGAUUUCUGGCAUCUCUAAGACAGCAGUAAUGGUGUUAUGCAAGUUGUAAACAGUAAAGUGGAACCUCCCACGCUCAAAUAUGGAGGAGGGAAUGGAUCCCUGACUUUGGUGAAUGUGUGAGCUAGGCAGGAAUCCAGGCAGCCUGAAAUCUGGGGCAAUCAGAGCUGAGCUCCUGAUUGGUGCCAUCCUAGCCACCACCUACUGGGUCUUGCUGAAGGAGGGUGGCAAGGGAUUGGGGGGCGGCGGGCAGCUAAGCCCACUUUUAAGCAUAGUAAGCCCGACUAUAAUCCUUUCAUCUUCAUGGUUUACGUGUACUGAAGGGGGCUGCCUGGCAUCCACUUAUUUUCAUGUUGACAUGAGGAUCACACUUCAUACUUGGGUCCUCAAGUCACAUCUUUAUGGCCCGGAUAGCAGACAGAUUAUGAGGCUGAUUUGGCCAUCAGCCUUUGACAUCUGGUGACAUGUUCAGGUCCUGGGGUUCUUGUCCCGAGUGGCUAUGACAGAGCUAAUGUGCCGGUCACUUUAGGACCUGGACCUGGUGCUGGCAGUGUGAAGGCGCGCUUCCUUGACUCUAAUUCCCUCCUCUGUGUUCAUUUUUUGCCCACCAAGAGGCAGGUCCAGGAGGUAGGGCCUUCUGCAUCGCAAGCGCAGCCUUAGUCAGUGACCGAGCGUGGGAUGCAGCCAGCUUCAACCAUUGCACCUUGGCGCCCAGGGCGCGAAAAGGACUAGGGGCAGGAACGCCUGAGCCAUUGAGCGCCCCACCACCACCGAGCAAGCUUCCCUUUGCUUUACGCGGUGCCAGCGAGGCCAGAGCCGCUGCGUGCAACCCCGCCCACUUCCAGUCCCAGGAGGCUGUGCGCUGUGGUGGGAGGGGCAUCCUUGGGCAAGAUUCCGGGAAGGGCGGAUGGGGAAGGCGUCCGUGUGGGAGGGGCGGCGCCUGGGGGCGGGGCUCCCCCGUGGUACUGUCGCGCGCGCAGUGUUGAUGCUGCUUGCUUCUUUCUGUGGCAGCGGACCUGGUGGUUCUCAAACACGAGAGAAUACCGCUGUCCCUUCCCUCCUCGAGCGCCAUGGAGCAGCCUCCCGACGUUGAAGAGGACAACUGCCUCCCUGAUUACCGCUACCUCUUCUGCCCGGACCUGCUCCAGGGCAAAGUGGCUUUUAUCACUGGUGGCGGCUCUGGGAUCGGGUUCCGGAUUACUGAGAUUUUUAUGCGGCAUGGCUGCCAAACAGUCAUCGUCAGCAGGAGUCUGCCAAGAGUGUUGACGGCUGCCAAGAAGCUGGCUGCUGCCACUGGCCAGUGCUGCCUCCCUAUAUCCAUGGAUGUCCGAGAUACCCCAGCCAUCAUGGCUGCUGUGGACCAGGCACUGAAGAAAUUUGGCAAAAUUGAUAUCCUCAUUAACUGUGCAGCUGGGAACUUUCUGUGCCCUGCCAGUGCGUUGUCAUUCAAUGCCUUCAAGACUGUAGUUGAAAUUGACACCAUUGGCACCUUCAAUGUGACUCGUGUGCUCUAUGAGAAGUUCUUCCAGGACCAUGGGGGAGUGAUUGUGAACAUUACUGCAACCCUGAGUCUCCGGGGGCAGGUGCUGCAGGUGCACGCAGGCUCUGCCAAGGCUGCUGUGGAUGCAAUGACACGACAUUUAGCUGUGGAGUGGGGUCCCCGGAAUAUCCGUGUCAACAGCCUUGCGCCUGGCCCCAUCAGUGGCACAGAGGGGCUCCGACGACUGGGUGGCAUCCAGGCCAGCCUGAGCAAAGAGCUCCCUCACAGCCCCCUGCAGAGGAUGGGAAACAAGACAGAGAUCGCCCACAGUGCUCUGUACCUGGCUAGUCCUCUGGCUUCCUACGUGACUGGGAUCAUGCUGGUGGUGGAUGGUGGGUGCUGGCUGACAUACCCAAAUGAUAUCAAGAAGCUGAUGACUUUGGAAUCCACCUCUGCUAAGCUCUAGACAGGAUCUGGUUAAAUUGCCCAGGUGGCCUUGAAUUUGAAGAUCCUCCUGCUUCAGCCUCCCACAGUGCUGUUCUUACCCACAUGUAACACCAUGCCCAGGUGCAAAAGUUUUUGCAAAGAAAAGGAAGAGGAUUAAAAAAGAAUCAUUGUAACCCUA